GCGUUGUUUGUAUUGGUAGGUGUGGCUGGAUGAUGAGUGAAGACCCUAUUUACUCUAUUAUUUAUGGAAGACCUAAGACAAACACUUACUGAGCUCAAUGAAGACUACAGUAGAAAGAUAUCAUGGCAGAAGUCCUUCAUGAUAUGCAUCAAAAUACUUGAGCUGAUAUUAAUGAUAAGCAUUCCUUCCUUUAACCUGUUGUUGUGUUUGUUAGAUUCUUGCUUGUGGCUCCAGUGGAUUCUGUAUAGUAAUACUUGUUAUUGCUACUGAUGUAUUGGAAUCAGAAGCAGUUAAAAUAAGAAUUAGAUUUAUGACCAUGGUAGCAUUGUUAGCAUAUGCUAUCACCAAUCAAAAAAACAAAAACUAUAAAAACAUUAGUCUUGCUAGGCCCCUUUGCUACGGGGCAUGGCGAGACUUAAAAACAUUAACAAUUGCGAUGUUGUUUUCAUUGCCAUUUGGUGUCAAGAUCUUCAUUCUUCUAUUGCUAUAGGUGAAGCAUUAUUUGAUUGGAGUCCUAUGCAUCUCAAUACUUCAGAUAUUAAUUGCUUUGGAAUUGGUAGCAUUCUAGUGCACCACGUAUGUACUUAUGCUGCAUACUGUAUUCUAACACUUGGACUGCUACUAUCAUUCCUAUCAAUGACUAUAUUCCUUUAUAUUGAGAUAGAUACAUUUAUUGACAGUGUUACAUCACUUUUAUCAACAAGCAAUUCACAUAAUUUGGGUCAAAUUAACGAUGCAUUUAGCUGCAGCGAAUUUAAUAGUACAGCAGUACCAUUUGAUACAACAGAUCUUAGUCAAUGUGCUAGUGAUUGGAUGCAUCUCUACUUAACAGUUUUACUAGCAAUUGAAACAACACAAAUUGUAUUUCUGUCUCUGGUGUUGCUAUUAAGUUGCUUAUUGCACAAGUCAAUGGUAGAGGAUUCAGCAGUGAUGCUCCCACACAACAUGAGGUGGUUAAGGAGAAGGUUUUAUCAAGAUGAAGUCAUUCUUUUGGACCCAAACCAUUGGUCAAGAGAUUAUAAUGAGACAGACAAUAGUGAUAAUAAUGAUGGAUCAGAGAAUAGCCUUGAAAGAGGGGAAGGAUGUCAAAGUGAUGAUGGUUACAGUGUAAGACCUUCAGCUCCUCCACCUCCAUCUUAUGAUUAUGGAUAUAUUUUUGAGAGAACACAUGCUUUUGUACAAGACCUGAUUGCAAGAGGGUCUUUCUAAAAUGUAUGCGUCAUGUACUCAAUCUUAACAUUAUUAUCAGUCAUGAAAUUUUUAUU